AUGCUUCGUAAAGGAAAUUAUUAUCUGUUCGAAACGUGCGAGAACCUGGAGGCGCCGUCCGUCGCGGUGCCGGCCGCCACACGGCUGGUGCCGCGCAGAGGCCACGAGCCGCCGCCCGCGGAGGACGAGGAGUGCGGCCGCGCCCUCGCGGAGGUUCGCCACCUCACGGAGGACAGCUCCAGGGAACUCACCAGGGGCCUCAUUCGCGGCGUCGCUGCCGACUGCAUUCGCUCUUGCUCUACGGAUCGGCUGAGGAGUGCGAUCCUCACCAAGUUACUGCACGCUGUACAGCAGAUCACAAGAGCCAUAAACCACAGGAAUCGCCUUGUCUUGGAUUAUAAUUGGGAAUUUCUUCAUAAUGACCACAACAUCAGCAAAACUGAAUUCCAGGCCGAGAUACCGGUCUUCUUGGAGCACCUCUCUGACUACUGGCGGGACUCGGCGCAGCUGCUCUCACUGGGUGUGAAACAUUUCUCUCAGCUGCUCGUCCCCCUCGCUUUCGAACACAUGAUCUUUCUGUGGCGGUCGGAUGGAUGCCACCCUGUGUAAGGGGCCACAGGAAGCAGCGAUCUUCGAGAUGCAUGCCAGUGGCUCGGGAUGCUAUUGUGUGUGGUAACAGGACUGAUCUGGUAAUCGCAAACCUUGUUGUUAAACCCCUCAUGAGCAGGGUACAAAAAAGUACAUCACAACUGAAUAAAGCAAAU